UUUCAUUUUGACUUAUGAUUAAACACCACGGCUCCGCAGUCCAAGUUCUUAAGGCGUUGAUGAAGAAAUCCGUCAACUUUGUACGGACCGCUGUCAUUGGGUGACUGCGUGCUCCCCGGCCGUGCUUUUAUUUUUAAUAUGAGGGAGGGGGUUCCCAGAAAAUACCUCCUCCUGCUGUUCCUCGGCUCUAUCUCGUGAAUAUCAAACACUCGCCGUCUCCAUAUUGGAAGCAGAGAUCAGAAAACACAGGAAAACAUGAAGAGGCAGUUUUUGACGAUCGCUUAAGCGCGCGGACGUCGGCGUUCUCCGCUAUAGCUCCGGGAGUUUAAACGCAAGCGUUCAGACGUCGCGCGGGUCAUUUAUUCAGCCCGCGUUUGGAGGUUUCAUGGUCAGCGCGCUAACGCUAUCUUACAUUAGCAACCCAGCCUCCAACUACUUGUUAGCCGUUCGGCGCUGGCGCGACUGGUUUUUGUUAUGCGCGUCCACACGGGCUGAUUGAUCAAAUGUGUGUCCGCGACGCGUAUUUUAAUGCAACAAAACGCAAAGAUUAGUGGUCGGGUGCAGUCCGUUCGCCCACGCUAGCCUGAGCGACAGCAGUCUGCUGCUGGCUGGAGGUCUGCCAUUAACUCGACUAGCUGUUAGCACAAGCUGAGACACGGACGCGGCCAGAACUCGCUGGAAAAAAAAGGAGCUAACAUCUCGUUUCCAUGGACAACACGUCCAUAAUAACGCAGGUUACGAACCCCAAGGAGGAGGAGAUACUCUCGUCAAAUGCUGAGAAAGUGUCGCUGUCUAACAGCAGCCUGAAGAAGAAGAGGACUCGCAGCAUCUUCAGCUCAUUGUUCUGCUGUCUGAGAAGUUACGAUGCCGAGCCCCCCGCCGCCCCCAACAACAACAGCAGCCCUCUGCCUCCACCUGUGGAGGAGAACGGAGCUCCACCAAAGUGUGACCAGGUUGAGGUCAUCCCUAUCCCCAGUCCUCCAGAGAAGUACCUCCUCCCUGAGGUUAACAUAAAUGACUAUGGGAAGAAGUGUGUGGUGAUAGACUUGGAUGAGACUCUGGUGCACAGCUCGUUUAAGCCCAUUAGCAACGCUGAUUUCAUCGUCCCAGUGGAGAUUGACGGCACAGUGCAUCAGGUGUAUGUGUUGAAGAGACCUCAUGUCGACGAGUUCCUCAAACGAAUGGGGGAACUGUUCGAGUGCGUGUUAUUCACUGCAAGCUUAGCCAAGUAUGCUGAUCCCGUCUCGGAUCUGCUGGACAAAUGGGGAGCUUUCCGAAGCCGUCUUUUCCGGGAAUCUUGUGUGUUCCACCGUGGAAAUUAUGUCAAGGACCUAAGCCGUUUAGGCAGGGAUCUCAACAAAGUCAUCAUUGUGGACAACUCGCCAGCCUCCUACAUCUUCCACCCAGACAAUGCUGUACCUGUAGCCUCCUGGUUUGAUGACAUGUCCGACACAGAGCUGCUGGAUCUUAUCCCUUUCUUCGAGAGACUGAGUAAAGUGGAUAAUGUCUACACUGUGCUGAAGCAGCAGAGGACUACUAGCUAGCACGACACUAGGCUAGCCACUGUCACUAUGGGGCCAGGGAGGCUGCUGGGCUCGGAGCACCACAGUGCUUCCCCUUAACAGGACCAGCCACUAGCUCAGUCCUCAUCACCUACCCAGAAUUCCAUUCACAUGAUGUUUAAUAGAGAAAAAGAAGUUGAAAGACAGAACUGUGAAGGACUGCUUUAGCUAUUACGUGCAUAAAACAAGAAGCUGAUUGUUUUAACACUCAAUUGCGUAAAUCUCAGGAAAGCGAGCAAGAGCCUAUUUCACCCUGAAGUCAAAUAAUAGAAUUAGAUUUUGCUUAAAGAAAAUGAAAGACAUGCCUUUGUGGCAAUUUUUUGACCACUAAGCACAUUCCCUCAAAAUUUUGCCAUAAUGCUUACAUUUCUUGUAAUGUGUAAAAAAAUAAAUAAAAAUAAAAU